AUGCCGAAGCCUGCGCGCGCUGAGAUCAGCGCGCCCAGGCCUCGCGGACCUCUCCGCGAGCAGCGGCAGCGCUGCCGCUGCUUGCGGAGAGUUGCCGGCAUGCCGAGCCUGCGCGCGCUGAGAUCAGCGCGCCCAGGCUUCGCGGACCUCUCCGCGAGCAGCGGCAGCGCUGCCGCUGCUUGCGGAGAGUUGCCGGCAUGCCGAAGCCUGCGCGCGCUGAGAUCAGCGCGCCCAGGCUCGCGGACCUCUCCGCGAGCAGCGGCAGCGCUGCCGCUGCUUGCGGAGAGCUGCCGGCAUGCCGAAGCCUGCGCGCGCUGA